AGUUAUAUUAUUACAGUAAUUGAUUCUCAAUACUAGAAACAUGUAUUAUCAAUUCUAAAACUACUCGAAAAAUGAAGUCACUAAAACGUAGGGAAAUCAUUUGUUUUUCACAUAUUGUAGAUUCAUAUAUUCAUAUAUACACAUCGUGUUGAUAAAUACCGAAAGAUGAAACGCCUCCAGAAAUCAAUUUAGCAUUUUAUUCAGAAACUCAUUUCUGAUUUCUCAGGAGGAGAGACGAGGUGCUACGCACAUAUCGGAAGGUCUUUCGUUUAUUUUCGUUUAAAAAGGCGUGAGCUGCGAGUGAGAACAAACAAAUGAUAAAAACAAUUUAUGGUUGAAAAUUGAGGCAGACAAUGCAAAUUAUUGCAAAUUCCUUUAUUUCAUUAUUAUUGAGGAUAAAACUGUCCAGUCAAAUCUAAAUAAUACGAAGGCAGGUCGCGGUUGACUCGACGCGAGACUCGUAAGCAUUGAGUCCUGAAUUUAAUCUGGUCCGAGAAUUCGGUCGAGAUGAUUGAACGGCUGAAAUCUGGCUAAGGAAAAGGAAUAAAUCAAAACUUGCUCUGGACAAACCUCGAAUUUUCAUCUAUUCUAUCUACACAUAAAUGAUCUCAAAAUAGGCAAAAGAUAAUCAUGUCCCGCUGAUUUUUUUAACUUUUCUUCAAGCGUCAAAGAAUAAGAGAGUAGAAAAUAUAUUAUUACAUAAACAGUGUGUAUAAACUGAAGAAUCCUAAGAAUAAGUCGGGGAACGGCAUUAAUCGCAUAAAUUUACACCAGUUGGUUCGAAACAGAAGUGAUGUAGCUUAUAUCUGCAGACAUGUUAUUAUUUCAUAAUAUGGUGAUAAAAUUCAAAGAUAGCCCGUUGUAGAAAACAGUUGGAACCAAUUUAAUCAGUAAACAGAAAAAAGUGACAUUCGAGUAAAAAUAAAGAUUAAAGCAACAUUUUUUUAAUAAUAAGAAGAGACACAGUUCAUUUUUGUACAUACAUUUACAGUAUGCUUACACUUGAACAAUUUCGUACAAAUGAGAGUUAUAUGUAUACAUAUAUGUACGCACAUAUCUGUACAGUAUUCAUGAAAAAUUGCAAAAAGCAAAUUUGCUUGCUGCACGUGUAUACACGAAAUGUCAAAUAAUUAUUAAUUUACUUUUAUAUCGGAAUUACAACGUGAAUGUUUAUACAAAUGUGUACAGUAAUAUAAUGUCUAUUGUACUUUAUAUACAAAUUUAGAUAAGGUGAUUUGAAAGUAGAAUGUUGAUAUUGUAGUGUUAUUUGUUGACAACUUAAAAGCCUAAUGCUUGUGGCUAAGAAGUUUAUAUGAUAUCUAAACGUGUACUAGACUCUAUAAUACUUGCUAUAAGAUUAUACGUCUGGCAUUUUAUACACUUGUAUCGAUGAUCGUCUUAAUGAUAUGAAUACUGUUUUAAUUUUCUGGAGAAUCCAGAAAACGCAAAAGAAAAUUUAUAGAUGGAUAAUUUAAUAUAAUGUAGAUUUUAUUGAUAACAUAAGCUAACUGCAGAAACAGACAAAAUGGAAAACCAAGCUUAAUACGUCUUAAUGUUUCCAGCGAUAAGGCGGCAAGCAAUUAAAGUGAAGUAUCAGUUUUUUGGCGCCCCUCUCGACUCCUUAUUUGUGUUAACACCAAUUCCCGUUCGAAGCCUAUAUAAGAGAACAAAUUCACAAUACUGGCCUCUCGCUCAACCAGUCUUAUUCAGUGUUCUUCACUUUCCUCUCAGGCGCGCAAAAGAUCAGUCUGUCCUGAAUGUCCACUAAACCCUUUCCAAGAUAUAAAGAAGGUACCGUUCAAAAGUAUACGAGGAUGUAUAUAUAGAAGGGCCGUUUCAACAAAAAACGACAGCCUAUGAGGUUAAUUGAGAUAAGAAAUAGUAUGAGAGUGAAAGGGGGCGGGGAGAGAGAACCUGUUCGCUAACGCAUCCCUGCGAAGGUCCGAGCGUGGUCCGAGCAUUGGCCUGAGCCAGACUUGCGGAUAUUGCCGUCAAGGCAAGUUGGGCGAAUGUCAGUAAGAAAGUCUAAAAAUUAUUAUAUUCAUUCUGUAGUGUUUUCAUCGAUUAAUAAUUGACUUAUCAUACAGACAGAAUUUCAUUUACUCGUUCAUUAGCCACGCGUCUUUACCAAAUUUCAAAAGUUCAUUUGAAUUAUUGUUGCAACGAUUGGUCUGUGCAAAGGUGUAGCCGUGAAGAAAAAUAAGGGGGAAAAACUAUUUAAGAUUCAGAACGUAAUACAACUCGACUACAAAGUAUACGACGAAUUCCAUGAAGAUACUUCUUUUGAAAAGUUGUCUUACUAAGUAAGCAUAGUUAUUCGCAUACAAGCUGAACAAUGCUGAUUGAAGAAGCAUCCCGUGCCGACGCGAAGGGAGGCACAGUACAGGAUAUUUUAGAUCUUCUUCAGGAAGGUGAAAGUAACAUCAUAUACGGUACUAAUAAAGAUGUGAUACUGUUACUAGGCACAACAGGUUCGGGCAAAAGUACUUUUACGCAGUUUAUCGCUGGAUACGACUAUAAUUUAAUAUCAGAAGAAACCAGGAAAAAUAGCCAUGAAUAUAUUAUUAUAGAUAAAAAUGGCAAAGUAGGCAACAGCACUUUUACUUCACAAACAAUUUUUCCGGAUUUAGUAUUAGACACGGAAACAAGUGCAGCUUUUUAUGAUUGUCCAGGAUUUAGUGAUACUAGAAGUCCAGCACACGAUAUAGCUGCGACGUAUUUCAUUAAGAAAGUACUUGAUCACGCUGAAAGAGUCAAGCUGGUCUUUACUACAAACUAUCCUUCGGUAAGAGAAGGUGUCGAUAGACAAGCUCUUCUCACACUCGUAAAAAACGCCGUAGAAAUGAUAAAGUACGUCAAAAAAUUUGAUAACAGCAUAGCCCUAAUAGUAACAAAAGUUGACAAUAUUUACGACACAGAGGAGAAUGAGAAUGGAGGUAUAACAGCUACUUUACGCCCCGAUGAAAGCAUCGUAGAAUCAAUCGCUAAUUUUCUCAAACAGUUUAAAGAUUAUCUUCAGUCUCAAACUUCUGGCAAAGGACUUGACAACUCAAAGGCAGUAGAAUUCGUUGAUGCCCUGUUGCACCAAAAGGACGGAAAAUAUACAAACAUAGGAUUGUUUAGACGACCUAAUAAAGCUGGAGUACUAACGAGCAUAAAACUACUACAAAGUCGUAAGCCAGCUUUGAAGAAAAUAAUACACGAAAAUAUUCUGUACAAUGCAUAUAACACGAAUGAUUUUGGUUAUACCAUAUCGGCUGAUUCGCAAAAUCAUCUCUAUGAUUUGAUAACAAAAAUAAAUGAAAAUAUAGUUACUGGUAUUUUAAACAUUGGUCAAGAGAUUGAAAAAAAUUAUAAAAGUCAAGAAGAACCAACGAGUGAUAUUAAAAAUUUAUACAAUACAUUUAGAUUGGGCUAUGAUGCGUUAUCAGCUACAAAAACAUCGGCUCUUAGCGUAACGGAACCGCAACAGUUACUAAAAAUGAUCACUAAAAACGUUAUUGAUUUGGACAUUAGUAUUUCAAAAGAAAAUUUCCAAAAUAUUACAAACCACGGCGAGUAUCUAAAAUUUAUCAAAACAAUAGAUAGAACGUCAAAUGUAAUGAAGCCUACCGAAUGGGCUCAAGCUUUGACAAAUGUUGUUGGAUAUUUGGACGACUCGCAGAGAUGGUAUAGUUUUCUAAACAACUUUUAUGAUAUUCUGUCAAAGUAUGACGUACAACAAGAUUAUCGUCAAUAUUCAAGCAGCGUAGACAGUUUGAAAUACCAAAUAGGAAUAAACGAAAACAACUCACAACUAGUUCUUGCCCAGCUAAAGCAAUUUUUAGAUAAGAUCAACAAAGAGGAGUCGGAGAAACAGUAUCCCAACAUCAAAGACGUUAAGCUAAACAAACCUAAAUUGAAAAUCUUGACUGAUUUGCUUAAUUUAGCGCUCAAAUACAAUGUGGAUUCAUCGUGCAAAGAUAAUAAUUUAAUCAUCAAAGGACAAUUUAUUAGAUUAAAAGACAUAUCCUCCGCAAAUUGUGAAAAACCAAAAGUCGUAAAAAUUUUUGCAUUGAACAAGGUGUUCAUAGAUACUGACUUGGAUAAAACAGGUGAACAAGUGCAGCUUUCUAUCAUAGCACCGAAAUGGGAAGUUAUUGGAAGUCCAAGUAUAAUCUUGAAUGGAAGUCCUGGAUCAUCGUUAAAUCCUGGAAAAGCGAAAAAUGCCAUUGCUCCAGGUGCUGCUGGAGACGAUGGAAAGCCUGGAGAGCCUGGUGGUCCCACGGGACAUUUCUUAAGCAUCGCCCAAAAUGUAGUGAACGGCGAAUAUCUAAAACUUUCGAUCGUAGGCGGCCAAGGUGGGCCAGGUCAAGAAGGAGGCGACGGUAAAGAAGGUAAAGAUGGAACGGUACCGGGCGUUCCUAGAAAUGGUGCAGAUCCUUCGUGGGGCCCAGGCUUUGCUGUAAACGAUGAAAUACUCAUAGAUAAAUAUUGGAGGGACUUGGGUGAAAAUCAUAUUGUGUGGUAUUGGGAAUGGCAUUCUCGAUGGUGGGUACGUGGACAGGACUGUAUUGAUGGCGGAAACGGUGGCAGUGGUGGAGUCGGCGGAAAAGGAGGAAAAUCAGUAGACGCUGUUGUCGUAAACCUAGUCAAGAGUCCAGAAUUUGCCAUCAGUAACCAUAAGGGAGAUACUGGAACAGGUGGUUCUGGAGGUAAAGGUGCCAGAGGUGGUAGCAAAAGAGGACAGCUUUUAACAUUGUAUGGACAUUCUUUACAACUGAAAUCUAUUUGGGGCGAUCCAACUCCUAGUUAUAAAUAUACCGUUGUAUCACGAGAGGAUUUAAAACAGUGCUCUUCAGGUCGGUAUGGCAAUACUGGUAAAAAUGAUAAAAAUAUUAAGGAGCCGGCAGAAGUAGUUUUAAGUCAGCUGCCAUCUGUCGCCGUUAACGAUUACAAAAAUUAUUUAAGAGAUAACUUGAGUAACAGUGUUAUUGAGUCAUUUCUGAGAAAGUUUCUGGACGAUUUGGAACGUCACAAAUCCGUAGAAAUGUUAUACAAUGUAUUUGGAUUCGUCAAUGAACUGCAAGGCUUGGAAGAUCAGUUUUAUACAUUACGCAAAAAGCUUUCACUUUUGCCUUUCUACAAGUCACUUUCAAAUAGAAUUUCUGAAUACACCGAUAAACUUUAUAAAAAUAACGAAUUAAAAGAUGACAAUAAGAAAGUUCUUGGCUAUCUGUACACAGCAACUUUGAGUAAGAUUUACAGCAUUAACAAUAACGCAGGUAGUAAUCUUGUCAUGGAUCUGCCGGAAUAUUUAAAACUAACCAUAAAAGAAAUAAACAGACUGAAGGAUGUAGGCAACAUCGCGGCAAUAAGCGAAGAACAAACAAAGUACCAAAAAGAAAUCGUGAAAAAGAUAAAUGAAGCUCAAAGUUUUGUUGAGACGCAAAUCAAUCCAGAGAUAAACAAUGUAUUUUACCAAAUAGAUCAUCAAAUCGAGCUGCUGAUCGACGAGAUCAUUGCUUUGCAAAACGCAGCUCAAGUGGAGAAGCAAAAGUUAGAAGAACAACAACGGCAAUUAGAAGACACGUUAGCCUUGAAAAUGUUAUUUGGCAUUCCAAAAAUGGCAAGUCAAUUUUUAAGCUUUUUAGGCCCCGUUGGUGCAGCUGCCGGAGCAGUGAUUGGCGGUGGGAUAAUGGUCACGGAAUCUUUAGUGUUGGAUCCUUCGAGCACGGCUGGCUCGGAAACUAUAGCAGCCUUACCAGCUGCGGUAAAAAAUUCCCUGUCAAAAUUAACAGAACAGCUGAAAGAGCAGCAAGCGCUUUUUAAAGAGCAAUUAGCUGAUUCGCAAAAGGAACUCAAAGAUUUCACGAACAAUAAACCAGCAGCAGAUAUCAAAGAUAUGAAAGAUAUUGAGAAGAAGGUAGAAGAAACUAAAAACGAGCUGGAAAAAGAAAUGGCACAAGGAAGUUUCCUCGAUCCAGAAGCCGUAGAUAAAAUGUACAACAUGCGAAAGGAAGUGGCUGGCUUAUUGGAAAAGAAGAAAGAUAUUUUGGAAAAACUAAAACCGGGACAAGAAGCGAAAAUUAAUCAACAGUUGAAGAUGGUGAAACGUAUUCAGGACAUUGUCAGUGCGGUUCAAAUACCUAUAGAUUUCUAUAAUAAAAUCAAGAAGGAUCAAGCUAAAAUAAAUGAAUUGUCUCUUGCUAUAAAAAGAGCAGAUGAGAAAAUGAGGCAAUUGAUGAUAUAUGAGCAGAGCAUCUAUUCAACGAUGAUCCCUAUAUGUAAAAACAUAGAAAAUAAAGUAAACGAUAUGGAAAGCAAUUUACAAGGUAAAUCCCACUCAGCUCUUGACAUAAGUAAAUGGCAAAUACAGAGUACUUUAAGGGACAUCAAGCUUGAAAUGCAAAAAAUGACGAAGGGAUUUAAGAUACAAGAAGAUCUAUCUCGCUGUAUAGAAAAAUUAGAGGAAGGCAUGACUAUCAUGAUUAAUAUGUACGACCGCAUAGAAGAUUAUCACGACAAAGCAGAAUUGGCCGAUUACAUAGCAAACAUCAACUCCAACAGAGCGAAUCAAAUCACCAUAAGCAAUCCAGUGUUGAGACACGAAGUAGACAAUCUAAGAUGGAUUAUACAAUCCAACCUUGUACUGGCUAAGUACCAAACAGGUAUGGAUGCGUUCAGGCAACAUAUCUAUCCGUUUGCUGAGUACUUUUUACAAGAAUUCGAUCUACCUACUUCGCUGCAAUCAAACGAUACCAACAGUUUAGUAGCUAAAACUGAUGAGCAAAUGACGGUUUUGAGAUCAAAGCUAAUAGAAUCUAAAAUAACCAUUACUGAUUACGAUAAAGUAAGAUGGAGCAAUGUUCUAUUCGACGGUGGAGAAAAUAAUUUACCGCCGUUCUUCGUGUGGAAAAGUAGUAAAAAUAAAAACGCGAUUAAAAAUCUUCUGGAAGGAAAGGAAAUAACUAUGAAGGCCGACGUUAAGGAAGGUUUGAAUAGGAAUGCGAUUAAAUUUAAUAGAGUGAAGAUUAAUUUCAAGUUAGCCAACGAAACAAUGCAAAACGAAUUAAAUAAGCAAUUAGAAGCUUUUCAAGUUGAAAUGAUACAUUUAGGUACUUCUUAUUAUAGAUGCGAAAAUAAAUUUUACACGAUUCCAAGUACUAAUCAAACCAUCACAUAUACGUUUGCGAGAGACGAAAAUGGAGAUCCUAAAAAUUCGAAUGAUGUAUAUAAAAAAUUAGAAAAGCACGAGCCCGUGCUUAGCCCAUAUACUUUGUGGAAUUUAAAAAUAAGUCUGUUUGAUCAAUCCAGAGGUUUUCUGUUUAAUGCUUUAGAAAAGUAUAAAGAUGCAGAAAUAGAUCUGGAAUUGGUAGGAAAAGGCCAGUACGUCGAGCGAGGUAUUGAUGUAUGCAACAACGAUUUGAAUAAGUAUUACGCUGCGGACGAAACAAUAUUUGAAAUCGAUCAUAAUAUCGAUUUGCCCAAAAAACAACAAUUUUUACCGGUUAUCCGAGCGAUCAAGUCGAUAAGCACUUUGUCCAAGAUCAAUGCAAAACAUUUAACGAGAAAACGACGCAGUGUGGAUGAACAUCAAGAGUCAGCACGAGAUUAUAACACAAAUUCAUUUGCAACCAGUGGAGCUUCCAGCAGUGUGAAGUCCUCGUUUAUCAAUAACAUUUUCAAUCUGAUUGGAUCUGGCUUGGUAGCUUACGAAUACCUGAUUCCAAUAAAUAAAAUAGGCCAAUGGUUCAAGACGGGAGAGAAAAUUGAUGAUGUCUAUCACGAUUUCAAGCCUCUGGAUGUUGCUGUUCCAGAAACUCUGAAUCGAUUGAAUCCUCAGACUUUGGAUUCCGAGCUGCCAGUCGCAUCCAAUUUGUUCAUAAACCAGGAAUCGUCUACUGUCGGUAGCUCGCCAAGUGUUCUCAUGUUCUGCAACAAUGGCAACUUACUUUUAUUAGAUAUGAUAGCACGCCGAAAGAGCGGAAUAAAAUACCAGCACACCGACUUUGUAGUAGAUCAGAAACCUGAUUCUGAGUUUGCUCAGAAUCUUGCUUAUCGCGCAUAUGCGCCAUAAUAUAAAGUUCAGAAAAAUGAUAAAUUUUAAUUAUACGCAAAUGAAAACAAUACAAAUAUUAUACACUUCGUUUUAGAAUGUUAUUUUAAAUACCUUCAGUCUUCUUUUCUGACAAAUGAAUGUAUAAUGUCAUUAUUUUCAGCGUUGUAUAAUCACCUAAUACAGUGCAAUUAUUUUAUCUCA